UUGCAGGGAAACACGACGAAGAAGUGGAAUGAGUAUUUCUUUCAAAAAAUGCGGGAGAGUUGGAAUGGAAUGAUCAAAGAAAUGGAAAUUAUAGACAUUUUCUCAAAUCAACCCUAAUUUAGCGUAAAGUUUAAAUUCAUUCUCCCUCCGAUUCACUUCAUCCAAGUGUACACAGCAGGGUUUAAACCUUGACCUAGGGUUUACAAGGCAGAAUAGCAGAAGAUUAAAUAGAGUGAACGAUUGAAGAUACUUCUAUGAACUAUAGUUUGUGCUCUAGAGGUGCAAUGGAUUCAUUUGAUCUAAUGACUCUAAACCAGUCCAACUACAAAAUCUGGAGAAGUUGUAUGGAGUCCUAUCUUGCUAGUGAAGAUUUGUGGGAUAUUGUGUGUGGAGCACAUGGUAUUUCUUUGCAAAAUACCCGAGUGAAUGAUGAUGCUCUCAAAGAUUGGAAGAAAAAGAACGGCAGAGCUGAAUUUGUCUUAAAGAGAUCCAUCUCUGAUGAACUCUUUCAUCAUAUUCUCUAUUGCAAGUCAGCAAGUAGUAUCUGGGAAACUCUGACUAGUGUAUUCAAUAAAACUGACAAGGAAAAUUCACUAAGGGUGUUAGAGAAUGAGCUUGAAAAUGCCAGACAAGGUACUUUGUCUAUUUCACAGUUUUUCUUGAAAAUCAAGAACCUGUGCUCAGAGAUUUCUAAACUUACCCCAGAUGAGCCGGUUUCUGACGCCCGGCUGAAGUGCAUAGUUGAUCAUGGCUUGAAGCCCGAAUUCGUUCCCUUUGUGAAAUCAAUCCAAGGAUGGCCUGUACAACCAUCUUUUGAAGAAUAUGAGAAUAUAUUGGUUUCACUGGAGGGCUUAGCAAAGAAAAGUGCAGAAAUUACGUCUAAGAAUGAAAGGGAAAGCGAUUUGAAUGCAAGAAAGCCUAAAAAUAAUAAAGACAAAGUCAUGGCUGGUUGUGUACCAGAAGCUUCUUGCUUCAAUACAAGUAUGACUGAGCUGAGCAGACUUGCUGCUGACGGAGAAAAAUUCUUUACAACAUGUGAUGAGGUUUAUGACAGCUUUGAUGCAAUGGGAUUGGACGAAAAUCUUUUGAGAGGCAUAUAUGCAUUUGGUUUCGAGAAGCCAUCUGCGAUUCAGCAGCUCGGGAUUGUUCCAUUCUGCAAGGGACUAGAUGUUAUUCAACAGGCAGAGUCUGGUAUCGGAAAAUCUGUAAUUUUUUGCUCUGGAGUUUUGCAGCAACUUGAUUAUGAUGUUGUAGAGUGUCAAGCACUGGUUCUUGCUCCUACACGUGAACUCGCACAACAAAUUGAGAUGGUUAUGCAAGCUCUUGGUGGUCAUCUUGGCGUAAGGGUUCUUUCCUGUGGGUGGAAUAGUGCCCGUAAUGAUCAACGUAUUCUGUCAAGAGGUUUUCAUGUUGUGGUUGGUUCUCCGAGCCGUGUAUUACACCUGUUGCGGAAACAGUCUCUUUGUUCAGAUCACAUUAAAAUGCUUGUUUUGGACGAAGUGGAUAAAAUUCCGUCGUUAGACUUCAAAGAGAUUAAUGAUAUCCGGCAGUUGCUACCACCUAAAAUUCAAGUUGGAAUUUUCUCGGCCACCACCAUACCUCCUGAGGCUCUUGAAAUCACAGGAAAAUUCAUGAAUAAGCCUGUGAGAAUUCUGGUAAAGAGAGAUGGGCUCAAUCUUGAGGGUAUCAAACAAUUUUAUGUUAAUGUUGACAAGGAGGAACGGAAACUGGAAACACUUUGUGAUCAUUAUGAGACCUUGGUUAUUUUUCAGAGUGUCAUCUUUGUUAAUACUGAGUGCAAGGUUGAUUGGCUGACUGACAAAAUGCGCAGCCGUGAUUACACAGUCUCUGCUACUCAUGGAGACAUGGAUCAAAACACUAGAGAUUUUAUUAUGCAUGAAUUUCAUUCUGGUUCUUCUCGUGUGCUCAUUACCACCGAUCUUCUGGCUCGUGGUAUAGAUGUCCAACAAGUAUCCCUUGUAAUUAACUAUGAUUUGCCGACUCAGCCAGAGAACUACGUUCAUCGAAUUGGCUGUAUUGGACGUUUUGGAAGGAAAGGUUUUGCAAUCAACUUUGUGACCAAGGAUGAUGUCAGGAUGUUGGUUGACAUACAGAAGUUCUACAAUGUAGUAGUGGACGAGCUGCCAGCCACUUUUGCCGAUCUUUAGUGUGGAAUUCAUCUGUUUAUUAAAUUGUUACUUGAAAGUUACUCAGCUGUCGAAUCUUGGCAGGUUUACUAUCCGAGACAUAUAUUGGGUAUUGAACUCCCUUUACAACUUCUUCCUAGUAUGUUGUAAUUUUGUUUUUGUUUUAUGCGCAAAAUUUGGUGAAUUUCUGUAUCCUAUAUUCCGAUACAAUUUGUCGAAUGGUAUGCUUGAAGUUGAACACUUGAGCUCAAGUGCUGAAUCGUAAGUUUUGAUUUUUUUCUUC